CUGGGCUUGUGCGCGCGCCUGUGCUUGCUCCUCCUGGAGCUCGCGGGCGGGAGCGCGCGCGAAUGGGCGUUGCGCGGGGCCGUAAGGAAACUGGCCGGCUCCUGGUGUCUGUCUGUGUGUGGCCGGGAGCGCGCGGUGUACUCGGCGGGGACGAGUAGUUAGUUACUUCUGAGUGUCAUUUGCUCGGCUGUUGUGGCCUCCGUGACUAGGAAGGGGACUGGACGGUCGGCGAUGGUGGUCACCGCGGCAACAUGUGCGCGCCUCAGAUUGAUGAUACUUAACGAGAGCUGCUAUGAUACAUAGGGGAGGUGAACACUACCAGAUGAAAGUUUUGCCAUGCACUGAAAGGAAAGCAUUGUCUGUGAAGUUCUAUUUUCUAAAAUGUCUGCUUGUAAUACCUUUACUGAACACGUUUGGAAACCUGGUGAAUGCAAGAACUGUUUUAAACCUAAAAGCUUGCACCAGCUCCCUCCAGAGCCAGAGAAGACACCCAUUACCCACAGCAAUGUGAAAACUAAUGCCAACCACAGUAACAAUCACCGUAUCAGGAACACCGGAAAUUUCCGGCCUCCUGUGGCUAAAAAACCCACUAUAGCUGUGAAGCCCACUAUGAUGGUAGCAGAUGGGCAAAGUGUAUGUGGUGAGCUUAGCAUUCACGGACACUGUGAGAACAAACCUCUCAUCGUAGGGAGGAACCCAAACAGGACAGCUUUGAAUAAGAAACCACUCAAUAAUAAUAAUGAAAAUGAUACUGAAGGAAUUAGCCAUAUUUCUAAACCUUGUGGCAAUAAUGAUAAUGCGAAGAAGAUGUCAAAUAACAAUAAUGGGCUAACCGAAGUGUUGAAGGAGAUAGCAGGCCUGGAUACUACAUCUCUGAUAAGAGGAAAUGAAACCAACUCCAGAGAAAUAUUCUUAGGAAGAAUAAAUGAUUGCUAUAAACGGUCAUUGGAAAGAAAGCUUCCACCAAGUUGCAUGAUUGGUGGGAUAAAGGAUACUCAGGGCAAGCAUGUUAUUCUGAGUGGGAGCACAGAAGUGAUCAGUAAUGAAGGGGGCCGGUUCUGUUACCCAGAGUUUUCUAGUGGUGAGGACAGCGAGGAAGAUGUACUUUUCAGUAACAUGGAGGAGGAGCGUGAGAGCUGGGAUGAAAGUGAUGAAGAGCUAUUGGCUAUGGAGAUUCGCAUGAGAGGACAACCUCGCUUUGCUAACUUUAGGGCAAAUACUUUGUCUCCUGUUCAAUUCUCUGUGGACAGAAAGUGGAAUACUGUUCCUCUGCGAAAUAAGUCUCUGCAGAGAAUCUGUGCUGUAGACUAUGAUGACAGUUAUGAUGAAAUCCUGAAUGGUUAUGAAGAGAAUUCUGUAGUCUGUGGACCAGUAUACACUCAGAGUAUGGUGUCAUCUGACUCCACAUCACCAGAUUCUUCUUUAACAGAAGAAUCACAUUCUGAAACAGCCAGUAGUUUAUCCCAGAAGACUUGUAAUGGGGGAAUAUCUCCUGGUAACCCAGGAGGUUCUAAGGAUGUGAAGGAACGUGAGCCCAAUUAUGAAAGUCUCUCUGGUAACAGUGAGGGGAAGGAUUCAUCACAAGCAUCAAAAAGCUCAGCAAAAAUCCCAGAGACUCACAAAGCAGUCCUUGCUCUCAGAUUAGAAGAGAAGGAUGGCAAGAUUGCUGUACAAACUGAGAAGCAAGGAAGUAAAGCCUCUACAGAUAAUGCUGGGCAAGCAGUAAUCAUAAACCUCAUUCCUGUACAAGAACAAGCAAAGCCCUACCGUGUUGUGAAUCUUGAACAGCCAUUAUGUAAGCCAUAUACUGUUGUGGAUGUGUCAGCAGCCAUGGCCAGUGAACACCUUGAGGGCCCUCUUAACAACCCCAAGACAAAAAGCUCAUCUUCUGCUCCAAACUCUCCAGUGACACCACCUAUAUCUUCAUCAGGUCAAAUAAGUGCCUGUUUCCAAAAGUCCAGUACAAUUCAAUACCAAGAAGUAUGGACUUCCAGUACCAGUCCAAGACAGAAGAUACCUAAGGUGGGAUUAAUUAGUGGUGGAAUAGGACCAAAUGUCCCUCCAAGAAAAAACUGUCACAAAUCAGCACCUACUUCACCCAUAGCUAUGAAUGUUUCCUCCAAAACCAUCCCUGUUAAGUCACCUAAUUUGUCUGAAAUAAAAUUUAAUAGUUACAACAAUGCUGGUAUGCCACCUUUUCCAAUUAUCAUUCAUGAUGAACCAACUUAUGCUCGGAGUUCCAAAAAUGCUAUUAAAGUUCCCAUUGUAAUCAAUCCAAAUGCAUAUGACAAUCUAGCCAUUUAUAAAAGUUUUCUUGGAACAAAUGGAGAACUUCCAGUGAAGGAAAAAACCACAAGUAUGAUAAGCCAUACUUACGAAGAAAUAGAAACUACAGGCAAAGUGUCUGAAGACACCACCAGCAACCCCACUGAUUGCCCCCAAGCUAAAGGGUUUUCAAAUAGUACAGAGCGUAAAAGGGGCUCAGUGGCUCAGAAGGUCCAGGAGUUUAACAGCUGUCUCAACAGAGGUCAGUCUUCACCACAGAGAAGCUAUAGUUCCAACAACAGCUCCCCAACAAAGAUCCAGAGAACCACUCAAGAACAUAUUGCUAGAGCAGAAGGCACUCAGGGGUCUCAGAUGGGAGGCAGUGGCAGCAACAGGGAGAAAGCAAGUACAGUGCUCUCUCAGAUUGUGGCUUCUAUUCAACCUCCACAGUCUUCUCCAGAAAUGCCCCCAUCAGGCCAUAAAGCUUGCAGUGUAGAAAAGCUUUAUGCAAUUCCUCCAGAUGUCGAUGCUCCUAAAAGUACACCAGUCCGGCCCAAAUCUCUCUCUGCAUCUCAGCCCAGUGGUGAACAUGAAGCACCUCAGAACACAGAAAAUCUUACCACUGAAGUACAGAAAGAUCCACUGGCAAAGCCAGUCACCUCCUCCAAAUUAGUAACUAAUCCCCAAAGUGAGCCACCACCUCCUUUUCCCCCACCACGCUCUACUUCUUCCCCUUACCAUGCAGGUAACCUUCUGCAUAAGCAUUUCACCAACUGGACCAAGUCAACCAGCCCUACCAGGUCAACAGAAGCUGAAUCAGUUUUGCACUCUGAAGGUAGCAGGCGGGCAGCUGAUGCAAAACCUAAACGCUGGAUAUCAUUUAAAAGCUUCUUCCGCCGUCGGAAAACAGAUGAGGAGGAUGACAAAGAGAGAGAACGAGAGAAAGGGAAACUGGUGGGCCUGGAUGGCACAGUCAUCCACAUGCUGCCCCCUCCUCCAGUUCAACGCCAUCAGUGGUUCACAGAGGCAAAAGGAGAGUCCAGUGAGAAACCAGCCAUCGUCUUCAUGUACAGGUGUGACCCUGCUGAAGGCCAGCUCAAUGUGGAUCAGAAUAAGGCCAGAGCAGACCCAUCCACAGGCAUGGAGAAAGGUGGAAUACAGGAUGGGUUUCUGCAUAAUUCCCAGGAAAAGAAAAUGAGUCAUUCUUCUCCAUCACAGAUUCCUAAAAAAAUUCUCAGUGGUCUGAUUUGUUUUAGUCACGUGACCCAGGAAGUGACAGAGGAUUUUUCUUCCUGGGAUCCAAGAACUGUUGUGAAGCAAGAUGGUGGAGGUGGCACACCAGCAUUGCCCCUACCUGAACUGGAAAAAGAAGAGGAAAAAGAAGACAUUUCAGAACCUAUGGACUUGAAUCCCUGUAGUGCAACCUACAGCAACUUAGGGCAAUCUAGAGCAGCUAUGAUACCUCCCAAGCAUCCACGGCAGCCUAAGGGAGCUUUGGAUGAUGCCAUUACCUUUGGAGAAAAAACAAGCCAAGAAACACCUAAUACUUUCCAAAUUAAACCACCCCCACUGCCAAAGAAAAUGAUCGUAAGAGCCAAUACAGAGCCAAUCUCCAAAGACCUCCAAAAAUCCAUGGAAACUAGUCUUUGUGUCAUGGCUAAUCCCACCUAUGAUAUCGAUCCCAACUGGGACGCCAGCAGUGCUGGCUCUUCCAUCAGUUACGAACUCAAGGGACUAGACAUUGAAUCUUACGACUCCUUAGAGAGACCUUUGCACAAGGAGCGACCUAUCCCCUCAGCAGCAAACAGCAUCUCCAGCUUAACCACUCUCAGUAUUAAGGAUCGAUUUUCCAACAGUAUGGAGUCCCUGUACAGUCGAUGUGGUCCCUCUUGGAGACAGGGCCGAGGUAUCCAGAAGCCACAGAGACAUGCACUUUAUCGAGGACUUGAGAAUCGGGAAGAAGUGGUAGGAAAAAUCCGAAGCCUUCAUACAGAUGCCUUAAAGAAACUGGCUGUUAAAUGUGAAGACCUCUUCAUGGCUGGGCAGAAAGACAAGCUCCGUUUUGGGGUGGACAGCUGGUCAGACUUCAGGCUAACCAGUGACAAGCCUUGUUGUGAGGCAGGUGAUGCAGUUUACUACACAGCUUCAUAUGCAAAAGAUCCACUUAAUAACUAUGCAGUCAAGAUCUGUAAGAGCAAAGCUAAAGAAUCUCAGCAGUAUUAUCACAGCUUGGCUGUUCGGCAGAGUCUGGCUAUCCAUUUUAACAUCCAGCAGGACUGUGGUCAUUUCCUUGCUGAAGUCCCUAAGCGUCUGCUUCCCUGGAAGGAUCCUGAUGCCCCUGAAGAGGAAGAGGAUGAAAUGCAAGAGAAUGACGAAGAAAUGAAAGGAGAAAGUGAUGGGAAAAGCCCAGAGUCCUGCUCUGAAACAGAGUCAUCCCAGAAAGAAAGCCAGGGAGUCAUUUGCAAGAAGCAGAGAAGUCACGUUGUGGUCAUCACCAGAGAGGUUCCCUAUCUCACCAUGGCUGAUUUUGUGAAAGAUUCUCUGGCCAAGCACGGGAAAAGCCCCAAUGUGUAUGAGAGGCAAGUGUGUCUGUUGCUCUUGCAGCUGUGCUCUGGCCUUGAGCACCUUAAACCCUACCAUGUUACUCACUGCGAUCUACGUCUGGAGAACCUGCUGCUUGUCCACUACCAGCCCAGAGGAACCACCCAUGGCCUUGGGCCUGCAGAACCCAAUCCCACCUCAUCUUGUCUCAUGAGGCUUAUAGUAAGCAACUUCUCUCAGGCCAAGCAGAAGAGCCACCUGGUGGACCCUGAGAUCCUCCGGGACCAGUCCCGCCUUGCCCCAGAAAUCAUAACAGCCACCCAGUAUAAAAAGUGUGAUGAGUUCCAGACAGGCAUCCUCAUCUAUGAGAUGCUACACCUGCCCAACCCCUUUGAUGAGAACCCAGAGCUGAAGGAAAAGGAGUACACUCAAGCAGACCUGCCUCGAAUCCCACACCGUUCCCCCUAUUCCUGGGGCCUUCAGCAGCUGGCCAGCUGCCUCCUGAACCCCAACCCUUCUGAGCGGAUCCUCAUCUCAGAUGCUAAAGGUGUCCUCCAGUGUCUCCUCUGGGGUCCCCGGGAAGAUCUCUUUCAGACUUUCAACACCACCCCCAGCCCAGUGCAGAGGAACGCCCUGCUCCAAAACUGGCUGGACAUCAAGCGAACAGUGCUGAUGAUAAAGUUUGCUGAGAAGUCCCUGGACAGGGAGGGUGGGGUCAGCCUUGAGGAUUGGCUUUGUGCUCAGUAUUUGGCUUUCGCCACUCCAGACUCCCUCAGCUGUAUUGUGAAUAUCCUGCAACACCGUUGAUGUAUCCUGGUUGCUGCUUUUACUUCACCUUCUCCCACACACUUCCCCAUCCCAGUACUCAUACAGAAUUCAAGGAAAGGAGAGAGACAAACUGUUCAUCCCUGUUCACAAACAAAUGAGUCUACUCAGAAAGGUUAUCCACAGCUCCAAAUCAUGUGAGCAGCGGAGUCUGUCUUACCUUCACAGAAAUUCAACUGCACAAACAUUCAUUUGCCUCCCAUUGGGAAACCUUUCACCCUAAUUGUCCCACAAAUUCAGGUAAAAAAAUGAAAACAUUUUUGAAGGGACAGCUCCUUUGUAAUGUAUUCAGUGACCUAUGUCCAGUUCCUCCAUAAUUCUGAAUUUCACCUUUUUCACCAAGUACUUAUUUUUACUUAGCAAUAGAUAGAUUAACCAAUUCUUAUCAUCCACUAAGCUCACAAAACAGACUCUCUUCCUGUGUUACCAGGCAGAACUGCCAUCCUUACUAUCCACUCAGUUUUGGUUCCAGGGACUAAUAUUCCUUAUUUCAGGAAAUAGUAGAAGUACAAGGAGAGAUCCCAUCCCUUGGGUCAUGGACCCAUUUUCAUUUCUGUUGUCAAUAACUGGGUGCGUUGCAUGGUGGGUAGCCCUAACAAUCUCCCCUCUACUGCCACUGCCCAAUUUUCCUUCACCUUGACUCUGUCCCCACUUGCCAGUGACAUUUGUGCUUUUUGGCCUCUUGUGGCAUAAUAAAGAGCUGACCCAAGGUGGUAUCACCCACUCCUCAGCAGGGCAAAAUGCACUUCAGGUCUUAUAAACAGCUGGCAGCACAGAAGGAGAUGUUUUUCCUGCAUGUGCAAUUCUCGAGGGACCAUCAUGGGAACAGUGUUUUUAAAGUACCACUCUUUGAUUACUGUCAGAGUUGGCAGCCAGGGCUGGUGGUGCUCAGAUCUCAAUUUUUUUCCCCAAGCAGUAACUGGCCAGCUUUCUUCUAUCAAUAGCCAGUAUUAACUAGUCUACCAAAUGCUAUGGAUAACUGUCCUGGAUGAAACAGCUGUCAGUCAAGGUCUAAGAUCUUCUUAGAGGGCACAGUGCAGAUGGCUAUUAUAAUGGUCAGAGGCAGGAGGAGGGGAGAAGACCGCAGGUAAGACUACUGACCUCCUCUUUAGAAUGCUGACCUUUGCUGGAGAAAUUCCCUCUCAGUUGCCCUAGCAUAUUGACUGAAAUGGCUCUGGAGGACAGCUCACAGGGAAACUCAAUAGUUGAGGUUAGUGGCUGAAAGCUGUUUCACUGUACGUGGGGUCUGUGCUUCUUUCCUAUGGAUAUAUGUGCAAUUUUUAAUGUAUUUUUUAGCUGUGUAUUACAGUGUUUAUGUUGCAACUUCACCUGAAGCAAGAUGUAUAACACUCCUCCCCUUCCCUUGGCACAUAUUUGCGCUAAAAGACAAGUGUUCCUUCCAUGGGGGUAUGUGAGUUUGUGUGUGCUUAUUUUAUUCAAAACUGUGAGUAUGUUUACUUAAAUCUUGCUAUUCCAAAAGUCACUCAGUGUGAGUGUCCAUACACAUUUGUGCCUGUGUGUGCACAUGCAGGCUAGAAGUAGAGAGAGGCCAGGCCUCUGGGGGAGCCAUCUGUGGCAAAUGGAUAGACAUGUUCUUUGUACCUAGUGAGUAAAGGAGCCCUUGGGACUCUUGUCGCCCAGCACAGGGUUUCUUAAAGUCAGGUCUAGCUCUGUAGUAUUACUUAGAUAGCACAUAAGUGGCCUUUGGAAAUUUCUUAGUUUUUAACAUUUUUAACAGCCUUUCAUGUGAUUCACCUAUAUCAAAGAGGAUCAAUAACAAGAAUGUAUUUUAUUAUACCCUUUUUUUUUAAGAGAAUGGCAUACGUGUGACUGCAUUUGAACUCUGUCCCUGUCCUCCCAGCCAGCAGUACAGGACUCCCAAAGGAGAUAGUUGGGUGGCCCGCAAAGAGUGCCUCCUCUAGCCAGAGUGCAGAGCUCUGCCCUGAGGGGAGGCCACAGAGUGAGCAUGCCACUGUAGGCCAGGUCUCUCAGUGUCCUGUGGCAUGGCUGUGACUUGCCUAAUUACACGCUGAAGUAGCCCACGGACCACUGACCGUGUCAGCUAACACAUUCCCUUACCAGCCUUCCCCUGCAUACACACCAUUUCCUGAUGGUUUGUGUAUUGAGACUGUCUCUCUCUUGAUGUCACUUUUGUGCCUUGCCCAUGUAAAUUUAAAUGUUGACUAUUUAAUAGGGUUUUACACUUAAUGAAGAAAGUUUCCUUGUCCCUCUAUUUGUUCCCUGAGUAUUGUCUUCCUUCCUUCCUUCCUUCCUCCCUCCCUUGCUUCCCUUCUCCUUCUUCCUUCCUUCCUUCUUUCUUUCCUUCAUCCUUCCUUCCUCCCUUCCUUUCCUGCCUUCCUUUUCCUUUCUGUUUUGACCUGAAUCCAGUCUACUUAAUUUUAACUCUAAUAUAAGCACAGGCACCGUCUACUACCAUUGUAUUAUAUAGCACUGGAAACCAAGCAUCCCUUCAUAUCAGAUAUGUUUGGUACUGUUUUUAUAUUCAAAUUCGUUAAGGGUAAAAGACAAAUGCCAACUAGUCAUAGAUGGGCCUCAGGCUUCCCAGAGAGAGGGAUUACAUUAAUUUUUUCUCUGAGUGAUGGCUGAAGAAUGAGAGAGAAAGGGAAGGUGGUGUACAGGUUAGAGCCAAAUUGGCAAAACAACUUAUGUCUGGGCAAGAAGUACUCAUUAUUUGGUCCUCAGAAUAUUUUUCUACAAUAAUGAAAUUUAGUCAAUCUAAUAUCUCAAAUAUAUAUAUUUACAUAUACAUAUUUACAUUUACAUUUUAAUUAUAGUAGGAACUUUGAAUUCAUCAACUGAAAAGAAACCCUAUUAGACAAAGACAGGCAUAUAUAUAUAUAUAUAUAUAUAUAUAUAUAUAUAGGUUUGGACUGUGACUAGUAUAGCACUUUAAGUUUUCUCAAGUAACUUCGAGUUACUGUCUUUAAUAUUGAUUGGAAUUUUUUUCUUUUCUAUUGAAGUCUGUACUAUAGUUUCUUACAUUUAUUUUGAGACUUUGAACAAUUAAGCCACUGUUGGAACUUUUCCUUCAGACACAUGAGCAAGAAUAAUCUCUCUGACACAUCUGGGUGUUGGAGAAAAAGGACAAUGGCUGGAGUAGUCAAGACCAAGGCUAAAUGUGUAGGAGUCCCUCAGCAGAGUGAUAACCUGGUCUGGGGAGGAAGAGGAUCAAAUGUUCCACAGAGGGAACUAGGACUACCAGAGCUCUCCCACACUAGCCUGAGAAGAGCCCCUUCGGUAUAUGUGUAGUAAUACAAUGCCCAGACACUAGUUCAUGAAGAGUAACAGAAGGAUGGGAAAAAGAACAAUUGUAACCUGUGGAAUCAACAAUAAAAGAAUCAUGAGUGAGGUCUACCAACCCCUAGGCUAAGUUAGGAUUGGAAGCAGGAGUAUGGCAGUGGGUUUCAAGUUGCCCUCUGAAGAUGAACUGGGUGAGGUGCAGAAUGGGGCACAAAUGGCCACACUACUGACAUUGAGGGGCUAAAAGUAUAUUUGGGGGGAUUUUAAAAGCCUGAGUAGCAUUUCAUUGUCAGAUUAAGUAAGAUCAGUUUUACUUUUAAACUCAGAAUGAGUUUGUGAACACAUUUCUAGAGUAGAGCUACCUAAAAUUGUAUUUCAAGUUUUUAGCAAUACAAAAUUUCCGUGAAAGAUCUUUGGAGCCUACUAUGUAGUAUGGCAUAGAAGGAUUGCACUCAGCUUCCCCAAGUUUUGUUAAUACUUUGGUGCUGGGAAGUAACUUGACUUGGUUUUGCUGGUAACCUGCAGCCAGGAUUUCCCCCUAGAUUUUUACUAGCAGUGAUCUGAAAAAAACACAGGCUAGUCCUAGAAAUUGGGAUGGACUCAUGAUACUACAAUACAUUCCAAAUGAUUCUAGAUGUGAAACUAAAGUACGAACAUACUUGGAGAGGGGAGAGAGGAACUUGACUCCCUAGGCCAGCUCUGACAUGCUUUUAUUCCCCUCAUUAGUUGAUAAGGAUUGAAAAUCCUGGUAAAUGAGUGAAUAGGAUGGCUGUCCACAAAACCUCACUGAAGCUCAGAUUCUCAAAGACCCAAAGUGCUGUGCUGACACAAAUCCAAGUGCUGCUCUUGUUGAAGUGUGUACUGAAGUCCAGGUGUCCAUGGACAUCAGUGCCCAGAGUGGGGCUCCAUGGACCCAAAGUGAUGCCACAUGAGAAGCAGAGGAAUGCAGUGCGAGACCCCAGACAGAAAUUGUACCCAAGGAAUCAAGCCGUCUGUCUUGCUGGUGCUGAGGUGAUGGUUUUGGGCUAGAACAGAAGCCACAGAGGGAAGUUCACAUACAGUCCAUGUCAAGGUAUUUGGCUAAUAAAAUAAUCCAUCCUCAAAAACGUA